GUUUAUGACCUUGAGACAAGUUACUUACAAGAAUCAAAUCAAUGUGGGAAUGUUUUGAAAGGUUUUGAAGGGUUUUUAUCAGCAUCAAAGAGCACAAUUAACCUGAAGCGCUCAAGGAAGUUUCAACCUGAAGAUAGAAUAUUUUCUUUGUCAUCAGCAACCUCUCCAGCUGUGGAAGAGCACAUAUCUGGACGAGAUGCCGAAGGAAGGUCCGAUUAUGCACCUGGUCGAUUAAAACUUGGAAGUACCCCUGCAAAUGGACAAGGGAAGCCGAAGAAAGGUGGAAGGAUUUCACUAAGAGAGGGAAAGAGACUUCGACCAUCCAACGAGCAAGAAAUUGAAGAUGAAGAUGAUGCUGAUCUAAGCUUGAGAUGAGGUUCGCAAAUCACUUUGAUUAGCGUAAGUUUGCAUGGUUUAAGUUCCACCUGUAUUAUCUUAAUCUGGAUGUUUUUUUAGCCUUUAGACACGAGUGUACAAUAAAUUUUACUUAGAUGAAGUUGUAAUAUGCAUAGCGGACUAAGUAGACUUGAAUAAUGACACAUCAUGUAGUAAUAAUUUUUUU